CUCAAAGGAGAACAGUUACAGGUGGGAAAGAGCUUAACAGGCAAACAUGGACUCCAUCUUGCUCAAGACACCUCUGACGUUCAUAGGCUUCUUAUUGAUCACUUUUCUCAUAAUCUACUUCCUGUGGCCUGAAGCACUGCUUAGGUUUGGGCGGUGGGCUUUCCCAAAGAUAAUUGGCGUACAAGUGAGAUAUGCUGAGCAUAAUGGCUACAGGUUCUGUUACUACUCCCGAGGAAAGCCUGGCCUUCAGCCCUCCAUCUUGAUGCUUCAUGGGUAUGGAUUUGAUAAAGACUCAUGGUUAAUCAACAUCAAUUUCCUUCCUAAGAAUAUCCAUGUGGUCUGUCUUGAUAUGCCUGGUCAUGGGGAAACCACUUGUUUGCCAGGAGAAAACUACACUACGUUUGAUCAGGUGAAAAGGAUACACCAGUUUGUCGAGUGCACUGGUCUGAACAGGAAGCCUUUCCAUCUGGUUGGUAUCUCCAUGGGCGGAAUGGUCGCUGGGGUCUACACUGCCCAUUAUCCAUCUGAGGUCUGCUGCUUGUCUCUCCUGUGUCCAACUGGAUUGAAUUACCCAAAAGAUUCUGACAUCAUGAAGCGUGUGAAAAAGAAUAGAAAAAACCACGACGUUUCUCUUGUUCCUUCGAAUAUACAGGAGGGAAUAGAGAUGUUCAGACUUGGUUUAUACUAUUCAUGCAUGGCUCCAAAACAGCUCCUAAAGGGAUUCUUUGUAGACUGGCUGCCAGACAACAAUUUUUUCAGAAAAUGCUACUUAGACAUCUUCAGUGAUGAGUCCUUGUACAGCCUUCAAGACAACAUGAGCAAGAUCAGGGUUCCAACACAGGUCAUCUGGGGAAAAGAUGACAAAAUGCUGGAUGUAUCCGGGGCAGAAGUUUUAGCCAAAGGUAUUCCUCAUGCCCAGAUACAUCUGCUGGAGAAAUGUGGACACUUUCAACCGGUUGAUUCCCCCCUGAAAACCUCUCAACUCCUCGUGGACUUCCACACUUCUUACACAAAGAAUUAAA